UUGAAUUCAGAGCGACUGUUUUGAAAGAUUUAAGAUUCUGCGCGGUUGAAGCGAUGUUUGGCAGCGGCUGAAGUGCCAGCGUUCAGCCGCUAACGUGUCCAAGUUUGUGUUGAGUGUACCAAGGAAGGAUGGUGAUGCUACCUCUGACCUUUGAGGAUAUUGCCAUUUACUUCUCGGAGCAAGAAUGGCAGAACCUCGAGGCCUGGCAGAAGGAGCUUUACAAGCAUGUGAUGAGAACCAAUUAUGAGGUCCUGGCUUCUCUAGAUGGCGGGCUUCCCAAACCAGAGCUGAUUUCCUGCAUUGAACGGGGGACGGAGCUCUUCAGGGAGUCGGGAGAGCCACGGGGAUCAGGAGACGUAACUCGCAGCCCCGCAGAUCCGCGUUUUGGCCCGGUUGUUGAGGGAUGGCAGUUCCAGGGAAGCCAGCAGACUGGGAGUUCCGGAGAACCUGGACGCCAUUUUCGGGUAGCAUCUUGUGAGAGCCCCUGUUCCUCUGAACCCUUAUCGGGAAAUAGCAAAGAUGUUUCCUUCAGGCCUGACCAAGGUGCCGACCUCGUGAAGCCAGGCGGACUUGAUCCACGGGCUCUGCUCCCAGCAGUCCACCACUCCAGGGAGCUCCCGCAAAGAGAGAGAAUCCCGAACCCCAGAGCUCGGGCUCCCCCAGACUCCCAGGAAGCACCCUCCAGGGAGGGCACCCAGCCCCCGCGGCCCGUCUGCAGGGAGAGCUUUUGGAAGAAGAACCCCUCAGAGAAGCCCCGCAGGAGCCACUCCAGGGACCAGCCACGUGGGGCCUGGGAGAAGCUGGGCAGACAAGCCGAUCCGCAGCAUCAGUGGAGCGCCCCUCGGGGACAGAGGCGCUCCCGCUGUCACGAGUGUGGGAGGAGCUUCCGCCUGAAGCAGGACUUGCUGAGACACCUGCCCGCACACGCCGGGAAGAGCCCGUUGCCGAGUCCUGACUGUACCGUGUGCUUCCACCACAGGCGGGCCCUUCUCGGCCCCCACCUCGCGCACCAGGGGCAGAGGCCGUCCCAGUGCCCCAGCUGUGACAAGAGCUUCCUCCCGAACAGCAGCGCCCAGGCCCCCCAGGACCAGCGCCGCAGGGCAGAGCCCGGCUCCCACCAAGAGGGCGCCGGGGCCUUCGAGCCCAGCAGUGGUCACUCAGGAGAGAGGCCAGGCUCCUGUCCAGCUCGUGAGGAGCACUGCCACCUGGCGGGGAGCAUGGAGGUUGUCCUCCAGCGCUGCCCUGCCAGGGAGAGGCCAUUCUCUUGCACAGAGUGCAGUAAGUGCUUCUCUACCAGGGCCACGCUCGCUAGCCACGUCCGGGUGCACACGGGAGAGAAGCCCUUCCCGUGCCUGGAGUGCGACAAGAGCUUCCGCCGGAGUGGCCUGCUGAAGGCCCACCAGCGUGUGCACAGUGGGGAGAGACCCUUCUCCUGCAGGAAGUGUGGCAAGGGCUUCAGCAAGCAGUGUAAACUCGCCGAGCACACCCGGGUGCACAGCGGGGAGAAGCCGUUCUGGUGUGGCGAGUGUGGCCGGGACUUCCGCCAGCGGGGACAGCUGCUGCGGCACCAGCGGCUGCACAGCGACGAGAAGCCCUUCCAGUGCCCGGAGUGCGAGCGCAGCUUCCGUCUGAGGAGCAUGCUGAGAGCCCACCGCCUGCGGCACAGCGGGGAGAGGCCGUUCUCCUGCGGCCAGUGCGACAAGAGCUUCCGCCUGAAGGGCAUCCUGAAGGCCCACCAGCGCACCCACAGCGCGGAGAGGCCCUUCUCCUGCGCGGAGUGCGGCAAGGGCUUCACCCACCAGUGCAAGCUCCGGGAGCACCUGCGCGUGCACAGCGGGGAGCGGCCCUUCCAGUGCCCCCAGUGCGACAAGAGCUUCCGCCUGAAGGGCAUCCUGAAGGCCCACCAGCACACCCACAGCGCCGAGAGGCCCUUCUCCUGCGCGGAGUGCGGCAAGGGCUUCACCAGGCAGUCCAAGCUCACCGAGCACCUGCGCGUGCACAGCGGGGAGCGGCCCUUCCAGUGCCCCGACUGCGACAGGAGUUUCCGCCUCAAGGGGCAGCUGCUGAGUCACCGGCGCCUGCACACAGGAGAGAGGCCCUUCCAGUGCCCCGAGUGCGGCAAGAGCUACCGCGUGAAGGCGGACAUGAAGGCCCACCAGCUGCUGCACAGUGGGCAGCUGCCGUUCUCCUGUGAGUGCGGCAAGGGCUUUGCGAAGCAGUCAAAACUCGUGGAGCACAUCCGGACACACACGGGGGAGAAGCCCUUUCAGUGUCCCAAGUGCGACAAGAGUUUCCGCUUGAAGGCCCAGCUGCUCAGCCACCAAGGCCUGCACACAGGGGAGAGACCUUUCCACUGCCCCGAGUGCGACAAAAACUUCCGGGAACGGGGACACAUGCUGAGGCACCAGCGCAUUCACAGGCCCGAGAGGCCCUUCGCCUGUGGCGACUGCGGGAAGGGCUUCAUCUAUAAGUCUAAGCUUGCCGAGCACGCCCGAGUGCACACGAAAUCCUGUCGGGCCCCGAGUGGGCCCGACAUCCAGAAGCGGCUCAGCCAGCUGUUCGCGAUGAUCGAGGCCGACUGGAGCUGAGCCGCCGGAGCCGUCAGCGGGUGGGUGGAGAGGGCCUGGGGGUCGCCGUGGCCAAGCCACUGCGGCACAGGUUUCAGGAACAGGGGCCCUUGUCUGAGCCAGAGUGGAACACAAGUUAGGAGUGUGAGAAACCACAGAGGGGCUUUCUUUUCAAAAUCAUCCCAGUUGUAUUUCCUACCUGUUGACAAAAAGACCCAUUUGUUCUUCCUGCCGUCUUACGUGGUGAUUUCCCCCCAAAGGCUUAGCUAGCUCCGGAAUCUGGAGCUCAGAUUUAAACCGGAGAUCCCUCCAGCGCCGGCUGCUGCCUGUCAGCUCCCCUUCUGUCUUCUCACUCACAGUGCGGUCCUAAACUGGGGGUGAAGUCCAGCGCAUUUGGUUGCAGGCCUAACAGGACAUUAGAUUUGGUGUAGAUUGAUUUAUUUGAAAACUGAUGAUGAUAAAAGGAGUUCUCCAAAGUAUAGUUUAUGUGAGUGCUGAAGUUUCCACAGCAGAUUCCACAGUGACCAUAACUAGUUCCCCCAAGAAAAAGCUGCUAAUUUAACAAAGUUUUGCCUAAUCUGAGUUGAAGAAACAUAAAACUGAAGGUGCCGAGAAGUGUGGGACUAGAAUUUAGAGGAGUUUGGGAGAGGAGGUGUCGAUUUGGGAGUUCUGGGACAGAGAUGCCCCUUGAAGCUGAGGGAGUGGACGAGGUCCCCAUCCAUGGACGGAGCGACUGAGCAGACGACUAAAGUCCAAGUUCAGAUGAAAUAGCAGGCCACAACAGCCUAGUGUAGAGCGUUUUCGAGCAAAUGUUGUAAGUAAACACGGUACCAGUAGAAAUCCAACAAAAGGCUGCGUUUGGUACAUUAGGUGAGGGCUCUGUGAGCACAGAGUGUUUAUGCUACAGGGAGAGGGUUGGAUUUCACGGAGAAUGCUGACUUUGAGAGAGUUCACAUUUCGUGUCACAGAAUGGCUGCCCUGGAAUUCUGAGGAACUCAGUCAAGUGCAAUAGACAUUACUGUGAAACAAUAUAUCACAGAUGAUUUUCUGUGGAACACUAGCUUCAAAUAUAUAUAUAAUAUCCACUGUUGCCCAGUGGACUGAGCGCCGGCCUGUGAACCAAAGGGUUGCUGGUUUGAUUCCCUCCCAGUCAGGGCACAUGCCUGGGUUGCUGGC